AUGUCAUCAGAAGAUCAAAUUGAAAACUCGAGUCUUGAAGAGCUCAGAGAUAUCCUUAUAAACAAGUCUGGCUCUGUCCCACUUGCACAUAGAUUCCGUGCCUUAUUCAGUCUAAAGUCUAUUGGUUCUGAUAAUUCUAAUCCUGAGCAAGCACACAAAGCCAUUGAGUACAUUGCCGAAUCAUUUCGUGACAACUCGGAGCUUUUGAAACAUGAAGUUGCUUACGUUUUAGGACAAACCCACGAUUUACACGCUGCAUCAUACUUGCGCGAUGUGUUGACAGAUGAUAACCAACAAGUUAUGGUUAGACACGAAGCAGCAGAGGCAUUGGGUGCUUUGGGUGACAAGGAUUCAUUGGACUUGCUUCAAAAGUAUUUUGUAAACGAUCCUUCUUUGGAAAUUAGACAGACUUGUGAGCUAGCAAUUGAGAGAAUUAAAUGGGAGAACUCUGAAUCUGCAAAGAAAGAGAAUUUGGAGAAAUCUCUUUACGAAUCGAUCGACCCUGCGCCACCUUUGGCAACUGAUGCAACUAAUUCGUCCAAGAUUGACAAGUUGCAGAGUAUAUUAAACGAUCAAGAAAAGCCUUUAUUUGAAAGAUAUAGGGCAAUGUUUAGAUUAAGAGAUAUUGGAACCGAUGAAGCAUGUUUGGCAUUGGCCACCGGGUUCGAUGACCCUAGUGCAUUGUUCAAGCAUGAAGUUGCUUACGUGUUUGGUCAACUAUGCAACCCAGUGACUGUUCCUUCUUUGAUUAAGAUUUUGAAGGAUGAGUCUGAAGCCGGUAUGGUGAGGCACGAAGCGGCUGAGGCCUUGGGAAGUAUUGCCACUGAUGAGUGUUUACCAGUGUUGAGAUCCUUCCUUAACGAUAAGGAGCAAGUGGUCAGAGAUUCUGCCAUUGUUGCCCUUGACAUGUAUGAAUAUGAAAACUCAGGUCAAUUAGAGUACGCUACGGUGCAGUAG